AUGAUCACACGCUACUUCAUUUCAUUCAAAGCAUGCAUCGACAGGUUCCACCAUUGUCGUCCCCUGCUUUUCCUAGACGCCACGUUCCUCAAAGGCCGCUUCAAAGGUUUUCUACUUGCGGCCACUGCAAAAGACGGAAACCAAGGUUUGUUCCCGCUAUCAUAUGCGGUGGUGGAUUCUGAAAACACCUCAAACUGGUCUUGGUUUCUUCAUCAUCUCGCGCAGGUGGUUCAUGGGGACAGACCUCUAACAUUCGUAUCGGAUCGGAACCUUGGUUUGCUUGAGGCAAUGCCCACCGUAUUUCCAAAUGCAGAACAUGCAUUCUGUCUACAACAUUUGCAGAGGAACUUAAGGGACAGAGUUGAACAAUUCCAAAAAACGGGCCGGUCUGUUGCAUCUGAAUUCCUAGCAAAUGCACAUCCACAACAUUGGGCAAAUGCAUUUUUCAGGGGGCGACGUUAUGGCGAAAUGUGCUCAAAUGCUACAGAAUCAUUCAACUCAUGGGUCCGUGAGGCCCGUAACCUCCCAAUCACAAGAAUGGUUGACAGCAUACGGACCAAAUUGAUGCGACAAAUGGCGAAACGUAGAGAAGCUUCCCAAAUGUGGACUGGCACCAUAUGUCCCAAAAUGGAAGAUCGGUUAGAAAAAGCAUUCAACGAAGGUAGAUCAUGGAAAGUGAGCCAAUCAAACGCUGAUGUAUACGAAGUGCACUCUUUUCCAUCGGUCACUGUUGACAUCGGACGACGCACUUGCUCAUGUUUCAAGUGGCAGCUCAAUGGGUUCCCUUGCGCACAUGCGAUGGUUGCCGUCCGUAAGAGUGGGUGGGAUUUGAACACAUUGGUCGAACCAUACUUCCACGUGUCUGAGUUUCGUGCCACUUACGCAUCCAGCAUUUUCCCAAUUUCCACUGUCGAGCAACCGCCUUUCAACCCAAAUAAUUACAUCAUAAAGCCCCCUGCCGUGAAACGUCCACUCGAUAGACCAAAGAAGAAGAGGAUACUGUCAAAAGGGGAACAUGUUCAGCAAAUCAGAUGCGGCAGAUGUGGGCGCAUGGGAAAUCAUAACAGGAAGACAUGCAACGAACCCAUUUAA